AUGUAUUUAUUAACACUGAAAUGGAAAUCCCCGACUCAAAUUCUAAGUAAAUUGCGAUUCCUCGCUCUUCCCCAAAUCAGUUUCGUGAAAGAAGUUGCAUUCACGUCAACGAAGCCAGAAGACGCAAUUCUCACCAAGGAGGAAAGCUAUGCUAUCCUUUUGAAUCUGGUGGUACCCGGUAUCGAGGCUUUACCCGACAUUAUUUGCAAGGAAGCCAAAGUGCGUAUAGCCGGAAAACUGCGAGUUUCGCGAAAAGUGUUGCCAAACAGUGCUUUUCAUGGCAACCUGGCAACCAUGCAACACAAUCCAGUCACCUUCUUUCCCACCCCUUUCGAGAAGAUGAUGGUGUUGGCCAGUCCUUCGCCGUUGGCGUCUUUUGGCGCGAAAAGUUUCUGCUGUGACGUCGUUGUCAGCUUCCCUAUCAAGUUACUCGGCAUACAAGUGCCCACCUUUUUCUCGCCGCAAAAUAUGUCCGAAUAUGAAGAAAACUACAUGGUAACCGUGCAGUCUUCCAACACCAGCCGAAACCUAUCGAGCACCACGUGGAAGGGCAAAGUGAAGUACAACAGCAGCGUAGACAUCGUGUUCAAAGACAGCGUCCACAUUGAAAGGAACAUCAAGUACUCCAUCUACGUCUACACCUCCAACAUGUACUAUGUCAGUCGCAGCUUCUCGCAUGUUGAGAAUAGGCCGCCCGUCCAGUUCACGUUCAAAGAUACCGUCUCUUACUUUGGAGCACCAACCAAUGCUAAGCUAGUCACUGACUUUGGUUUUGUUACCGAGUUGAUCUAUAAUUUGUAGUUAUUAUAGAAAGUCAUUCCUUCUCAAUAAUCAAUAUUGUAAGUAGGUAUUAUUAUGGUAGUUAUUACUAUAAACAUUCUGUACAAAUGAUUAUUUAUUCAAGUUUUAAUGUUCAAAACAUCUUUUACAAUUAUUACUAUUGAUUUGUAUUGAUAAUAUU